AUGGCGAGGAAUCGACCGAAAACAGCUCGUUCAUUGAUAGAGAGUAUUUCGAGGUUCUGUCCGCCAUCACGUGAGUACCCGAAUUCCACGGAACAAUUGUUGAGUUUGGGAGACCAACUGUUGACAUGUACGCAACCCAGCCCGGAAGCCAUAGAAGGAAACGAUGACGGUGUCUCCGUCGCAUCAUCCUCCCCACUGCCGCCAAACGUCGAUGAUGACGCCAAUACGGGCUCGAAAGCAUCAGGGAAACCCGAACCCGUCACCGAGGCCGGUUCUUCCGGCAAGUCCUCCAACGGCAAAUGCGCCACAUCGGGGUUGAGCGAAGGCAGUUUCAACCAAGGCUACUACGAUCGAUUCUUUGUUGAGGAGCGCAAAUUGGGCCGAGGAUUACGUGGAAGUGUUUUCUUGUGCCAGCAUGUACUGGAUCAAGUUCCCCUCGGUCAAUUUGCCGUCAAAGCUAUACCCGUUGGAACGUCGCAUGCCUGGCUCGUCCGCAUGCUGAAGGAAGUACAUCUGUUGGAGCGCCUGAAACAUCCGAACAUCAUUGAGUACAAACAUGCCUGGCUGGAACACCGACAGUUAACCAUCUUUGGCCCAGAAGUCCCCUGCCUCUUCAUCCUCAUGGAGCUCGCCAAUGGCGGCAACCUCGAAGAAUACAUCUACGUCCAAUGGCAACCCGAAACAACCGCCGCCUCUGACCCCACUCAAGCCUCCGACUCAGACAACGGCACCGACGAAGACGACUCCAAACUCUCCAAACUCACCGCAAGACAACGCGCCAUCCAUCUCCGCGAUCGUAAACGCCGUCUCCAAGAGAAACAACGCCGAGAAAGCGAAAACCCCGGCCCGGCGGGGAAGAAACCCAUGCACACCCUCUCGGCCGUGCACAGCACGUCGUUGCUCCAAUCGACGCAGGGCCCGUCGAAGGCGCAGCUGUAUGGAGGGAUUGGACGCGCGCCGUCGGGGAAGAAAGUGCGGUAUUUGAAGGACUAUGAGAUUUGGUGCUUGUUUUUGGAUAUUUGUAGCGGGUUGGCGCAUUUGCAUACGCAUGGUAUUAUUCAUCGGGAUUUGAAACCGCCAAACUUGCUCCUUCGGUAUGCGGAUCCGGAUGAGCGGAAUGAGAUCCCUCGAAUCCUCAUCUCCGACUUUGGCGAAUGCGAAGUGCUAUCGGACGAGAGUCAGCGCGAGCGAACGGGUGCAACAGGAACAUUGGAAUUCAUGCCGCCAGAGCUCUUGGUCAAAGACAGCGCGGGGCAUUACAUGAACGACCAUUCUCCGAAAGCGGAUAUGUGGUCGUUGGGCGUCGUGCUAUACUUCCUGUGUUACUCGAUGGUGCCGUAUUCGCAGACGGAUGAUGUGGAUCUUUUGAGGGAUGAGAUUGUGGGGUUUGAGAGAGUCACGUUCCCGGACCACGGCACCCGCAUCUCCGUAGAACUCCAAGGCCUCAUCAUCGCCCUCCUCUCCAAAAACUGCCGCGACCGCCCCUCCGUCGAAGACAUCCUCCGCACAUACUCUCACAUGCGCCCCACCCACUUCCACCCCAUGUCCCCCGACUGCUCCACACCCACCACGCACCUCUACGAAAAUGCAUCCCACAUCUGCGACCCAUCCACCGCCUCGCCCAACCGCAAUAACAAACGCCCGCGAACAGCACCCGUCAACUCACCUCCGCACCCAGAUGACCCCACCAAUGAGGACACGUACUCCGGCACGCCCGAGAUGCGACCGCCGCCGCCGAAACAGGUCAAGACGCUGACGUUUCCGGUUACGAUGUCGGCUCCUGAUACCACGGAGGAGGACAAUGCGUAUGCGAUUGCCCGCAGACAUAGUGAGCCGGAAUUGAAGGGGAGGGCCAGGGUGGUCGAGGAGGUUGGGGAUCAUGUAAGUAGACUUUUUGAGAUUUCGUAA